AUGCAAAUAACUGGUUUAUAUAAAGGACGGGCAAUUAUUAUAAAAGACUCUUACAGUAUUAUAAAUAAGAAGCUUAAACUAUUUCCUGCUAUGUUUAACUUACAAACAGGACCGAAAGAAGUAUUUCCAUAUAACUACUACAGCAGUGUUUUGUUAGCAAAUGACAACAGAACUGGUGUCAUUUCUGAAGCAUGUAAGUUUGUAAAAGAUAUUGAAACGUUCAUGAAAAACAUAGAUUCCAUCAAAGGUUGCAGAAUAGAUGAAAACCAUUUCGACUUAGAAAAGUAUAGCACAUUUUAUUGCAAACAAGAUGUAAGAAUUUUAAGAGAAGGUUUUGUUAAGUUCCGCAAUGACAUAUUGAAAGAGUUUGAUUUAAACGUUUAUGACUACGUUAGUAUUUGUUCUAUUGCUAACAAAUUAUUUGAGAACAGAGUGUACUUCCCGAAUGGAAAUCUUUAUGACCUCUCAAAUAAACCAAGAGAAUUUAUUUCGAGAUGCAUUCAAGGUGGAAGAUGUAUGCUGUCAGAUAACAUGAAACAAAAGAGCAAAAAGAAACUCAUUGCUGACUUCGACGCUGUUUCAUUAUAUCCAUCCGCUAUAGCAAGAUUGUAUACUUUAGAAGGAAUUCCAAAAGUAUUGAAGGAUGAGAUGUUAAGUUCUGAAUAUUUGUUAAAGCAUUUAUUCGAUGACGACCAAAAGGAACCCAUUGGUGAAAAGUUUAUGUCUGGCUUCUUUGUUCUCAUUAAGAUAACAGAGAUUGGAAUACAUAGACACUUUCCUUUAAUAGUUUGUGACCCUGAACUAAAUCCAGAACUUAACGUUCCCAGAAGUUCAAACACUUGCUGUCUCAUGUAUGUUGACCAUAUAACAUUACAAGACCUCAUAAAAUAUCAAGGUGUCAAAUGUGAAGUGUUGCAAGGAUACUAUUACGAUGGAAACAGAGAUAUGAGAAUAAGAGAUGAAGUAAAGAAGUU